UUUCGUUAAUCAACAUAAACAUCGUUUUCGCUUUUCGAUUCUCAUCUAAACGUUUACCUGAAGAAAAAAAGUUCCAAUCAAAUCUUAAAAUGGAUUCUAAACUUUUCUAUCUAAUUACCUUGUGUAUUUUCACAUUUGUCACAUUCACUUAUGUCUCAGGUCAACGUAAUAAGAAUUGUGAUCAAACUUUAGUCGAAGCUGAUAAAUGUCUUAAGAAGCUUCUUUAUGUCGGCGAUUGGAAUCUGACCUUUAUCCAGAACGAAAGUGAUCUUGCUGCUCAUUGUCGUGAAAGUAAAAAGGACAUGGUUUGUAUUAAACGAUACCAAAAGUGUUUAACUAAUUUCCCUCGUGAAGUAUUUAAUUUAAUGUCACGAAAUGCCCGACAAUUAAAUAAGGAAAGAUGUGAAGACAAUAAAGGAAAAGCUGAGUUUUUGAGACACAUCAAGUGUAUGGAUAAUACAACAAUUAACGUGAACAUUUGUAUGGACAAAGUAAUUAUCUUACUCGAUUAUAUCGCAAAUAAUAUUAAAGGUGAUCGGGAGGUCGUUCUUGGGUCUACUUGUUGUGCCGUUCAUUUGGGUCUUGAUUGUUUCACCACUAAAGUAGCGGCAAAUUGUGCCAAGAAAACGGGUGCAGACACGGCCGCUUAUGUGACCUCAAAGAUCAAUCAAAUGGUUGCCGAUGUUUUUGACUUGGCCUGCGCUAAAAUGCCCGAUGUUAAAUCUUGUGAUAAAUCAGUUCCCGAUUUAAUGAAAACUUAUCGUAGUUUAAUUGAACCACCGACAAUAAUUAAACGUCAAAAUAUUUCACCGUUGAUUCCGUUGAUGAAAGUUGUCAAAAAGAUUGAGAUCUAAGGUGAUUUACAUCAAAAUCGCAAAAAAAUUAAGGAAAUAAUUGCAAUCAGCAAUUGAUAGAAAAACAAUUUAUUUGAUUAUAAUCAUUUCAAUGUGUCAAUCAAUUUGCUUUCAAUCCUUAAUUGUUUUAUUUUCAAAAUUUUGUUACUCUCCAAAUGUUUAUCAUUCAACCAAACACAAUCAACUAAUUUUUUUAUUCAAUGGAAACAAUCAAAUCAACCCACCCACAAUUUAAUUGAAUUAAUAGUUUCUUUGUAAUGUUUCAAUUUGAUUCUCUCAAAUAACUAAAUUGUUUAGUGUUCUUUAAACAAUUCUAAUUGUUGUGUAAAACAAUUUAAUAAAAACAAUUUUAAUUAUA